GCUUCCAUUGUCAUGACAGCUUUGAUGACUAAUUCAUUUCUUACUUAUAUAAUUUUCUCCUUUUUGCUUUUCUCUUUAUAUCAUGGUUUCUGCUAUUUUAUCUGAAAACGCUACUACACAAACAAAGUUCAAAUAUGGUAUUGAACUUGAAGAAAACAAACCUGUUGAACCAAAGCCAAAUCAAUCACUUGUCAAGAUUCGAGGUGCUGCUUUUAAUCAUCGUGAUGUUUGGAUCUUGAAAGGCAUGUAUCCCGACAUUAUCCUUGGUUCUGUCCUUGGCUCUGAUGCUGUGGGUUACAUUACGCAGAACGGAACCACGGAGUUGCCUGUGGGGCAGCGUGUCUUGAUCAACCCUGGCUAUGGCUGGGCAUCAGAUCCAAGAGGACCCGAGCACAAGUACUACAUCCUAGGCUUGUUGCCUCAGAUAGGCACUUUUACAGAAGAACCUGUGGCUGUAGAUCAUGAAGAAUUAAUUGCUUGCCCUGACCACCUCUCUGCUGCUGAGGCAGCAUCUUUGCCUUUAGCAGGCUUAACUGCCUACAGAGCCCUUUUCACUCAAGCUUUGGUCAAAAAAGACGAUCAUGUCUUGGUGACUGGUAUUGGAGGUGGUGUGGCUCUGUUUGCUCUUCAGUUUGCUGUUGCUGCUGGUGCUCAUGUCUAUGUUACUUCCUCUAGUCCUGAAAAGAUUCAAAAGGCAAUUGAACUUGGUGCCAAGGGUGGCAUCAAUUACAAAGAUGAAAACUGUGUGGAUACAUUGAAAAAGCUGUUAGAUAACAACAAACUAUCUGCUGUCAUUGAUGGUGCUGGUGGCCCAUUGUACAAUGCUUUCCCUGAUUUGAUGAGAACAGGAGGCAUUAUUGCUAAUUAUGGCCAUACUGCUACUCCAGAGGGUGUUGUGUUUACUAUGGAUCAUGUCCGAGAAAACCUUCAAUUGAAAGGAUCCACGAUGGGCUCAAGAAGAGAGUUUAGAGAAAUGGUCAAGUUUGUCGGUGAAAAGAAAAUCAAGCCUAUUGUAUCUCAUGUAUGGCAUGAACUUGAUGCCAAUUCUUUUGAUCAAGCAGUAGAUAUGAUGAAUCAUGGCCAUCAAUUUGGCAAACUUGUCAUUGAAUUCAAUACUUCACUUGAUAAUGCAACCUUUUAAGUUUUAUGCAAAAUAAAGUGGUCUAAACUAAGAUGACGUUUAUUUUAUUUUA